AUGGGAAACCGGAAAUCCGUGUUCACGCCUGAGCAACUUGAAGAGUACCAAGACGCCACCUUCUUCACCAGGAAGGACAUUUUGAGGGCCCAGAAACGGUUUCGAGAACUUUCCCCCAUCAGUGUGCCAUCCAUCAUGACUGGCAGCGAAGCGCAGACAAUUACAGUGCCCCUUGAUGUAAUGGAAACUCUUCCUGAGUUGAAGGAAAAUCCCUUCAGGAAACGUCUGUGUCAGGUGUUCUCCAAGAACAACUCCGGUGCGCUCACUUUUGACGACUUCCUGGACAUGAUGUCCGUGUUAAGCGAAGCAUCUCCGAGACAGAUUCGAGUCGCUUAUGCUUUUCGAAUUUUCGACUACAACGAUGACGGGUACUUGGGAUGGUCGGACUUGGAGCAAGCCGCAAACGAGCUCACUUCAGGUGGGCUGGACAAGGAUGAAGUCCACGUCAUUGUCGGCAAAAUCAUGGAAGAAGGCGACAUCGACGAUGACGGGAAGCUGUCCUUCAUUGAAUUUCAGCAUAUUAUCGAACGCACACCCGACUUCAUGACCAACUUUCAUGUUCGUAUUUAG